AUGGCGCAGACGUAUGACGAUAUCAUAGUCACUGUGCAAGAUGGAGUUGGAACCAUCAAGUUCAACCGACCAAAGCAGCUCAACUCAUUUGGUGGCACCAUGAUCGCAGACACCAUCAAUGCUCUUCGCGAUCUUGACAACCACCCGGACACCACCUUCACUGUUAUCACUGGUGAGGGCCGAUUCUUUGCAUCAGGAGCAGAUGUCACAAGCGUCGCAAACCAGCCGAAGAGUUUCAAGCACGACGGUGCGAAGAAGAUUUUCUGGGCGCAGAGAUUCGCAGAGGGAAUGGAACUCGUCAAGUCCAUCAUCGAUCACAAGAAAGUGGUUGUGCUCGCACUAAACGGCCCGGGCGUUGGCGCUGGAGCUGCAUGGUUCCAAGGCUCCAGCGAUCUCUUCUACGCCGCAGAGGGUGCCUGGCUACAAGUAACAUUCUCACAGCUCGGCCUGAUCCCCGAAAACGGAUCAGCGACCAACUGGUCACAGCACAUCGGCGUGCAUCGUGCGAACGAUUGGCUCAUGUUUGGAGGAAAGGCUUCCGUGGAGGAGCUGGAGAAGAUUGGCAUGGUCAACAAGAUCUUCCCGGUGAAGAACUUCCAUGCCGAUGUUCAGUCGUACCUUGCCGGUAUGCUGAAGGACAGAGACGGCAAGUCCAUGRUGGAGAUGAAGAGGUUGCAGAACAAGCAGACGCGGGACGCGAGAAUCUUGGCGCUGUUUGAGAGUUGGCAGGCGUUGAGUGAGCGGUUUGUGGAGGGUGAGCCACRGCGUAGAAUGGGUGCGAAGAUGGAGGAGUUAGCUGCGAAGCGGAAGGCUAGGGAGGCGAAGAUGUAG